AUGCCCGGCGCAUCCACGAUCGCGGCAUCACCACCAGUACAUCCCCUCCUCGCCGCUGCACUGCACAAGCUCGACAAGCAUCCCACAUCACAUCCCACCUCACAUCCCACAUCACAUCCCACAUCACAUCCCACUUCCCGCAUCCCACUCAGUGCUGUCCAAGAUCCUCUCUCUGCGCCGUUGAAAGAUUACCUACCUGAACUCUCUAGGAAGCCGUCGGCGUCAGCCGCCAUCACCGCUCCCGCUGCCACAAUGACUGACGAGGAACUGGAUCGCGAGUUCAAGCCAAACGGCCGCCGCCCGCAGUCUGCCAUUGCUCAGAUGUUCUCGCAGGAGCUGCAGGACAUCUUCCGUAUUGAAAACAGCAUCGCCGACUUGGACGCUCAGGUCGAUAAGAGGAGGAAACGCAUCAGCGCUCAAACCUCCGAGCUUGAGGCCCUCGAGGCCCGUAUCCGCGAGAUGGAGCGUCGCCUAAAGAUGCAGACUGGCGGCGAGCUCCCUCCCCCUGUCCCGGCUAGCACCAGCACCGCCCCUCCGACCCCCCAGAAGGACGUCAUCCGCGAGCAGGAUGAGGAGCAGGAGGCCGGUCAGGACAAGAUUAAGAGCGAGCAAGCGGCCGAGAACAAGUACGCCGCUGCCGGCAGCAGGCCAGGCACCACCCGCCCAGGUCAGCAGGCUGUCUCCGGCGCCCUGCCGCCGACCCCCAUUGGAAGUGAAGGUAAAUCACCAUCAUCCUCCUAUUCUUCUGCUUCUGAAACGCCCGUCUUCAUUCCCCGUGCUCCCCGCGUUGUUCCCCGGAUACAGCCCCCGCCCUUCGGAGGACGAGCAAGAGCGUCCCCCUUCGUCGAGCGCGACUCCGACUCGAUCAUUUCCCUGUCUACGAGCUCAGCUGUUACUGACUACGUGCUUGUGUCUGGACCAGACGGCGAUGGCGAGCGGGAUACCUAA